AUGCUAGCGGCAAGCCAAGUGAGGAUCUCGACAAAAAGUACCGCUCCAAGUCUGAGCUUUGAUAGGCCACACACAUUAACUAUAGCUGGCGACAGACGACUCCGGAAUCGUUUAGCACAGCGUGCAUUUCGCCGCCGUCAAGCAGAUCGCUUGAGGACGCUCCUAGAUCGGGCCGAUGCAACUCAAAGGCCGCAAGAUGAGACCAUUCAGAUGCUGCAAGAUGAGAAUAGUCGACUACGGAAGAACCUCCUUGAGGUCCAGACCAAACUUGCUCGGCUCGUUGCCACAAUGCAGAGCUUGACGGGGACUGUGACGGAUGCCCUCAAAUACUCUUCAAAUGGCGAUACUGAACCUAUCGAUCAGGAGACGGCCUCCGCGGAGCCUGAGCCUGGACCCGAACCGCAAACUAAGAAAAAUAGCAAGCCUUCGGCAGAUUUUAGCCUUGAGGAUGCGUUCACUUUGGAUACGGAUGAUUUUACAAGUAUUCAUGGUUUGGAAAACACACUCGUUCCAACAAAGCCCUUCCCGACUGAAGAUACUGAGACUGCCGAGGUUGCGAUUGGUCUCUCCAGCCCAGCCUCGAAGCUUGCUGCCAACUUCGACAGUCUGGCGCAACAAAUACCGAGUAUCUGGUCAUUUGAGUACCAAAUGGGUAUUGAUCCGUACGCAUCUGCUUUAGCCGGGACUGAAGAGUCAAGUGCAGUCAUUGGUCGAGGAUGGCAUGAGUCCAAUUCUCCUUUUUCGGACCACAUUAAUGUUCUUCAAGGAAUCAUGAAAAGUAAGAUCGAACGAACAGCACGUCCGACCAUCAGUCUGUAA